AUGAGGGCCACACUCGGUCGGGCCGCAGCACGGCGCUGGUUUGGCGUGCUCGUCUUGACUUUGAUGUGGUUGUUGGAUGCACCCACCGCAGCUCCGGUCGGCGCAGAUGCGUGGUGUGUGCCCCCGGAGCCGGGACCUCUAUCUGUUGGGGCAUCAAUGUGUCGCCAACACUACGCCUGGAUUCGGCGUCCGGCGCAAUUGGCCAACACCCAGGGUCGCGGCUCCCCCAAGGCUCAAUUUUGGUGUGUGGUAUCACGACGCCACCGGUUUGUGUACCACUACAUCCCCCUCAACGGGGGCAGUACCAUCAAUCACAUUAUGCGUCUCUCAAUCGGAGGUCUCCUGCCAGACCACGAUCCAGCUGAUAAAUUGCCCGAGGUGCAGGACCAGGCCUUUAGCCGCCUGGGCGAGGAUGCCCUCCAGCUCUUUUAUCAUUGCCAGCUUCAUGAAGACACGGCCAACUUUCUCCACUUUGCGUUUGUCCGUGACCCCCUUGACCGGUUACACAGCAUGCAGCAUCUGGGUCUCUUCUGGCGCACAAACGCAGGACACGGGUUCGCCAGGGACGCCCCCUCACUCAUGGAACUGGCUCGCAGCCGCGAUCUACCAGCCACCUUCAGGGACAGCACCGUCAUGGGCUUGGACCACGCAGUCCAUCAGCACGAUAUGCUCGUGACCGCCGACAACCGCUUUGCGGUCGAUUUUAUCGGUGAUCUGGCCUACCUGCCCGAGAUCAUGACCGAAGCCUUAAUCCCAGCGCUGCAGGAACAUAGCCCGUACGGCCAAACGGAUGCCCACCUCUUUGAUCGCAUGCGUGCAUACUUUGCAAAGCGUCCCCGUCUCAACGAGCUCCGCAAAGGGGCCAAGGCGCACCCUGAUGAGCUGCGCAGCGCGAGGUGCCUCAUCUUGGCCAAUCCAGCAUUUCAACCAGACUAUAAACUCUUUUAUGUGACGCGUGAUGCCAGUAACGGGACGCUACAGGUCUGCAACUAG